GACAAGGCUGACCCACCUCCAGAGGGUCGCUUGCCCGAUGCAACAAAGGGUAAUGACCAUUUGAGGGAGUUGUUUGUGCAAACAAUGGGACUCACUGAUCAAGAUAUUGUUGCCCUUUCUGGUGCUCACACCCUUGGUAGGUGCCACAAGGAUCGUUCUGGAUUUGAGGGUCCUUGGACUUCCAAUCCUCUGGUUUUUGACAACUCAUACUUCACGGAACUGGUGGGGGGCGAAAGGGAGGGACUUUUGCAGCUCCCAACUGACAAGGCAUUGCUGGAGGAUCCUGUUUUCCGCCCUCUUGUUGAGAAAUAUGCCAAAGAUGAAGAUGCAUUCUUUGCUGAUUACACUCAAGCUCACUUAAAGCUCUCCGAACUUGGGUACCUACUCUACUUAAUUUCUAAUCUUAUUCUUAAUUUUCUUUACACUUCAUAUAUGUGUGUGUAA